UGGGCUGCGUAGGGGUGCGGGGCUGCGGACUGGGAUUUCGAGUCUCGGACCCCGAGGCAUCUCCGCGCAGCCGCUUUCCCCAGGCAGCCCCUGCGCCUUGUGGCGCCCCCCGCCUGCGGCUCCACAGCUCUCGCUUCGGCCUCACUAGCUCGCCCUCCGGGCUCCGAGCAGCUCCUCUGGGAGCCCGCCGGGAACUCCCGCCCCUCGCGCUCCCGCGGCCCCCAACGGGGUCCGCUGGGGCGAUGGUGCCCUCCCCUGUGAAGCCCGGCUCCUCGCAGGGGACGAGCGAGACGGAGUCGCUCGGCUCCGAGCCCAUGGGGGCUGCUCCGCUGCCCGGCCGGGGACCCUCAGAGGGUCCGGACGCGGCCGCCGAGAACGUGGAGGUAGAGUUGGCGGGGCCGGCGGGCGCCGAGCCCCCUCAGCCUCCCGAGGGCGGCUGGGGCUGGUUGGUGAUGCUGGCGGCCAUGUGGUGCAACGGGUCGGUGUUUGGCAUCCAGAACGCCUGCGGGGUGCUCUUCGUGUCCAUGCUGGAUACCUUCGGGUCCAAGGACGAUGACCAGAUGGUCUUCAAGACAGCAUGGGUAAGUUCUCUCUGCAUGGGGAUGAUUUUCUUUUGCUGCCCAAUAGUCAGCGUCGUCACAGACACCUUUGGCUGCCGGAAAACUGCUGUUGUGGGCGCUGCCGUCGGAUUCAUUGGGCUCCUGUCCAGUUCUUUUGUAAGUUCCAUCGAACCUCUGUACCUUACCUAUGGAAUCAUAUUUGCCUGUGGCUGCGCCUUUGCAUACCAGCCUUCAUUGGUCAUUUUGGGACACUAUUUCAAGAAGCGCCUUGGACUGGUGAAUGGCAUUGUCACUGCUGGCAGCAGUAUCUUCACAGUUUUGCUGCCUUUGCUUUUAAGGGUUCUGAUCAACACUGUGGGCCUCUUUUAUACACUGAGGGUCCUCUGCAUCUUCAUGUUUGUUCUCUUUCUGGCUGGCUUUACUUACCGACCUCUUGCUUCCAGUGUCAGAGAGAAAGAGAGUGGAAUCAAAGGAGGCAACCGAUUCUCCUUCUUUUCCAGGAGAAAGCUCAGUCCUCCAAAAAAAUUUUUCAAUUUUGCCAUAUUCAAGGUGACAGCUUACACAGUGUGGGCAGUUGGAAUACCACUUGCACUUUUUGGAUACUUUGUGCCUUAUGUUCACUUGAUGAAGCAUGUGAAUGAAAGGUUCCAGGAUGAAGACAAUAAAGAGGUGCUUCUCAUGUGCAUUGGCAUCACAUCGGGGGUUGGACGGCUGUUCUUCGGCAGGAUUGCAGACUGUGUGCCUGGUGUGAAGAAGGUUUAUCUACAGGUUCUCUCCUUCCUCUUCAUUGGUCUGAUGUCCAUGAUGAUUCCCCUGUGUAACGUCUUCGGGGCCCUCAUCGCUGUCUGCCUCGUCAUGGGCAUCUUCGAUGGAUGCUUCAUUUCAAUCAUGGCCCCCAUUGCCUUCGAGUUAGUCGGCGCCCAGGACGUUUCCCAAGCGAUUGGAUUUCUGCUUGGAUUCAUGUCUGUACCCAUGACUGUGGGCCCACCCAUUGCAGGGUUACUUCGGGACAAGCUGGGUUCCUACGACGUGUCAUUCUACCUGGCUGGAAUACCCCCCCUGAUUGGAGGAGCCGUCCUUUGUUUGAUCCCGUGGAUCCACAGUAAGAAGCAAAGAGAGAUCAGCAGAACCACUGGAGGAGAAAAGACGGAGAAAAUGCUGGAGAACCAGAGUUCUCUGCUGUCGAGUUCAUCGGGAAUCUUAAAAAAAGAAUCUGAUUCUGUCAUUUAAUGCCUUAUAUACCUCCACCAGACUGGACUUGCUUUCAGAAGUUUAAGCAAGUUUUCCUUUUAUAUGAAUUGCAAAUUUCUUAUUUUUUUAAUCACACCCUAAGAAUAGCACAAUAAUGGGAAAUAGAACCAUUAUUACUGUAAGAACCAUUUUCUGCCACUGAAUGGCUGUCUGAUAUUUCCAUGGGCCUGAGGGCAGAGACUCUGGCUCAUGAAAACAAAUAAUAUGAGAAUUUGGAUCUGUUUCAGUAAAAAGCAGCUUUGGAAACUGUGAAUGCUAUUUAGCAUCUACAAGUAUUUAAAAAUACCUCAAGUUAUACUGAAAAGAUUGCUGUUUGGUUAGGACUGAAAAUAUUGUUUGUUUUCUCACAUGCUGUUUUUAGUUGUGGUAUCUAUAUUUUAAUUUCUUCUCCUAUUUGGAGAGUUUUUUUUACAAAAUUUAAGCAUCGAUUUUAGGUAAUGUGAGAUAUUACCUAAACCUCAAGUCUGUGUUGAAGUCACUCACCUGUUGAACAGGUGUGCGCUCUGGGGUCGGGGUCCUCUUGGAGCGGAUGCUGAGUGACAGUGUCUCCGUGAUCAGCAUGUGAGGCGAACAGGAUCCUGUUCACACGGGCAGAGCAGCUCAAAAAUCAGGUAUUUCUUCCAUUUUCCCCUUUGGGUUUGCAGUGUGUGUUACUCAAGUAGCCAGAAACACCCCAAAUUUCUGAAUUUGUUUAAAUUGUAACAAUAAAGUAAAAUAGAAUGAACGAAAGACACUCUGGCAAUUUUAAUGUAGAAUUUUUUUCACUUCUGAAUUUGUUAGCUCUAGGACCUGAUAUUUAAACAACAUCUUACUGAGUAUGUUGUCAAGUUGCAGCCUCAGGCGCAACGGGGAACAAAUCUUAGUGUUUGUAAAGAGAUUCUCUAUUUCUGGUGGCGCAGUUGCUCCCAUUGGCUUGUGAAAACAAUGGGUCUUGAAAGUUUGAAAGCAUCUGUAAGGAGAAACAACUGCUACAUUUCCAAGACUUUCUGGCAGAAAUUUGCAUUCAUGUGUAUUUUUCCUAGUGUGUUCCCCCUUCACGUCCCCGGUACUCUUUCCUGUUUAUGCACAGACAGUUGUAAGAAAGUUGUUAGCAUUUUAAGGGCCUAACAUUAAAACCCAAGUCAUGUCAUGACCUGUACUCAUCUACAGAAAAAAGGGGCCACAUUCCCAGUCCCUGGAAUUAUACUUCAGUGUGUUUUUGUUUCUUAUUUAGGUCUUUAAAAGUUAAUAAUAUGCAAAUAUAUUUAAAUCCUAAAUAUAGAUAUAUAUUAGAUUUUCCUCAAAUGUAGCUUUUUCACCUGGAAAGAAUGCUGCCCUUUUCUAAGGCACCUCCAGGAUCCACCUGUUUCCAAAUUCCCCAUGAGGAGGAAAACUCCAUUGUCUACCCACCUCACUUUUCAGCUGCUAUUGUUUCUGAAAGGCAGAGCGUCCCCACUUCCGCUCCGCUCCGCGUCUCCAGCUGAGCAGGGCACCUGGAGAGCAGGUGGGUUCCUAGUUGGAAGGGACUGGCAGGUGGCUCACCAGAGGCUGCAGGAAGUGCGGCUGUUACUUAGGCGGCUAGAAAACCCAGGAGCUUUCCUGUCACUGUCAACUUUCUUAUCUGCAAUCUUGAGAGUUCUAAACAUUGAAUUUGGAAUGAUUUUUAGUAGGAUUUUAAAUAAUUUUGAUUGUGAAAACACUCAGCAAUUUACUACUUCCAAUAUUUCCAUUUCAUAUUUAGGGAACUUAGGGAAUUUCUUUUUUUUUGGAAGGUUCUAUUGCAGACACACAAAACCCCCACAAAUCUACAUUUGAUCACACUGCCCUCUUAUGGUCUUAUUUUAAACUUCUAGAAAAUGACUUAGAAAUGAUGUGAUACAUUAUCAGGUUUUUCAUUUAUUCAUGCCCAGUUAUAAAAACAUCAUUUCCUCACAUUCAGUGCUUUUGAGAUAGGUAAGAACAUAUAACUAAGACCAAUCCUAAAACCUGCCUGAGACUCCUAGGACUUGCCCACCUGCAGUUCUACAGAAGGAAUAAUUCUAAAGUAGAAUAUUUACUCAGUAAAGACUCCCAAAGUACUUUUCCUUUCCAAAUUUGGCUGAUUUUAGGGGGGAGAGGUAAUAAUCUGAAACUCGAAGACUUGAUCUUGCUUUGUUAGUUUUCAUAAUAAAAUAGAAAAGUCACUUAAGUUUUUAUCAUAAAAAUUAGAUCUCAGACCAUUACACAUCGAAUGUCACAUACAUGUAGUUAUCAGUCCAGCAGAGUGAGUCGGCAGGAUCCGUCACACCAUGAAGCUCUGUUGUGAUAGACUCUUACGGAGAGUACUGUGCUGCAAUAAUAUAAAGUUGAAAAGAAAAGGUAUAACAGGUAAAAUGCUAAAUUUCAUAAAAUGCAUAUUUACUAAUAUGUUGUUUGGUACAAAAAGUUCUAAGAGUCUAUAAAGUUCUACAAACUAAGAAAAUGAAAAAUACUAAUAUCCAUAAAGAUUCAUGUUUCAGACACAGAAAUAUUAAUCUUUCCAUCAAAGUAAAUUAUUUCUAAUUCUGAACAGAGUUUUAGAUGGACCUUUUUUUUUUUAGUUAAAUUCAGACACUUUUUUGAGAGGAAAAUAAUAGAGUCAGACCUCUGCUUUCCAGCUCAUCAUCCUAUUUCUGACAGGACUCCGUAAAUUCUCACAUUCCCGAGUUUCUUGCAUUUGAGGCCAACAGUAACAUAAAAAGGGGAACAAUUAGUGUUCUUCUCUGCAGAAAGCUGGACCAGAUACACAGGUAGCUGAUGCCCAAGGAUAUUCCAGAAUAGGUUUGGUUAAAUUUUAUUGCAGUGGAUAUUGUUGAGAUCCAUCCAUUUCAGGUUAUUGAUACUUUAUUCAAAGUUUAUAAAUCACUUUGAUCGCAGUUGCAAUGCUUAGCCUAUAGCCCUACUAUAAGACUUGUAAUUUCCACUGAAAUUACAAGUAGUAAUUGCAUUACGUUUCCAAUUCUAUUCAUUUGCGUUUCAUGAUCCGUAUGUUGUCUGUUUGUGGGUGAUCCCAUGGGCUCUGCCCAAGUGUGGAGAAACUUUUAAUGCUAUUAGCUUCAACUUUUCACACCUUUAAAGUAAAUAGACACUUAAUUUUAAAAAUUACUUUAAAAAUUUAAAGUAAUUUUAAAUAUGUUUCCUUUCAUAUUAUCUUCAUCCUUAUCAUUCUUUUUCCCUUUACUUCCCCAUAGCCUUCAAAAAUCUCCUUUCAACUGAGGGUGCUAAUGGUAUACAUUGAAAUUUUUAAAAAUUACGUGAUUAAAAUUUGGGGGGUAUUAAGUUUCAUAUAAUUGGUCUCUGUGCUGACAUAUAAAACUUUAUUUAACUGUUUAAGGUUAAUACUUUCAGAGAAAAGACUGUCAAGUUCUUAGCAUACAUAUUUUUGGAGGGCAUAAUUUUUUACUUUGAUUGUCCUAUUUCUUUAAAGUCUUGCUAAAUCUUAGUCCUGAGAACACACCAUGGAGGAUCCCUUGGAAUGUAGGGAGCCGCUUGGAUGCGGUUCCCGUGAACCUGCCUUAGGCUGACACACACUUGGUGGGUUUACAGGUACAAUACAGAGGGAAAAGGAUAAGCUAAUUAGCUCCAAUUUUUAAAUAUGUAAAUGACUUAAAUAAGUAUUUAAAACUUAUUUAAACCCUUUCAGAAAUUUCUAACACUGAAAACUUUAUUGUUGCUGGCAUAAACAUUAAGGAGCAAUGUCUGUAUUAGAUUAAAGAUUGUUGCCUUUUUCCAGUACUCAAAACGGAGGAGGAGAAGAACUUUAUUUCUUUUUACAUCUGUAGUAAUUUUUAAUUUGAAAGACAAGUGGUGUCUUGGCUAACAGAAAAAUGCACCAUUCAUAUAGUUUGGUUAACUCUUUAAAAACUCAAACCUUUUGCUUUGUUACUAAAACAAAAGAAUAAUUUGCCAUUCCUAACGGGGAUCUGGUGGUGUGGAGUAAGAGCAUACCUUAGGAGGAAGGCUUGUUUCCUUACUGACAGUCAUUAUUCUGCUCAUGUCACACUCGCCGAUUAUUUUGUUGUUGAUGACUUGGUAAAAGGAACAUAAGACCAGUCAGAGUCAGCGAAUGGUUCAGGGGCCGGGGAUCCAUCUUAAGGCGACAGCAACAGCACUGCAGCUCCUGGACUCGCCAUCGUUUCAUAGCCAUGGCCACCUUCAUCAUUUCAGUUGCUGGCGGAGACUAACGCUUUGGUUUAUAAAUACGCCAGAGAGUGAAAGGUUACAGUGCUCAAGAAUAAAGGGCCAGAUGCCCACAGCUAAAUGUGAGACCUGAAUACAGCUCAGAACCUCACCUACCGAAGUGUCCUAAGUGUGGGCUUAGCAGAUGGCUCCUUCUACGACGAUAAAGAAACGUGGAGCAAUAUUGCUGCAUCUUUGAAUCACUCGAAGAAACCUUGAAAUCUGGGACAUAGUAGUUUACUUAGCUAGUUCUUUGUUAAAUAAAUCCGUUUUUGAAGUAGUGAACACUAAUCAUUUUGACCCCUACACACUCACAGAUAUCCCCCAUGGUAUUAUUUUCUUGACAGAUGUAAGUCUACCUCGUUUAUGACACAGAAGAGUUUACUUUUUUUAUUAUGACGUUGGAAAGAUACUGGGAAUUAAAUAAAACCUUUGUGAGUGCUUGACCAUGACACUCACCCGACUACAACAGCGCACCGCCCUCAGCUUUCAGUGUGCGCCUCAAAGCUUUGCGGAAUCGGGAGCUGGCAGCGAUUCUGGGAUGACGAGGCAACCAGGGGCAAGUAAUUAAGGGGGUCAAAAUAGUAGAAUUUCCUAAGUGCUUUGUUCUGACAAAUGGAUAUAAAAGGAACAGAAAAUGAGCAUUAACUAAUGUGGCCCGUGGAUAAUCUAACAAAGGAAAGAUCUAUGCAUAAUAAUGAACACUCACUGAAAUGCUUUGCCAGUGGCUUUUCCAAUUAUACAGGCAGCUUGACAAUGAGGUUUUGUUCUCAUUUGUGUUUUCUUUGGCAGGGUGGUGGGUGAUCGCUGACAAUAGAUUAUAUGCUUAUGCCUUAACUCCAAAGCUUACACUUUGAACUUCUAUAAAAGGCUCCAUUUUGCUAGUGGUAAUGAUUUUUUGCCUCAGUGGAGUUUUUGAAAAUGCUGUUGUUGACUGUAUCUAUAGUGUAGAGGUUAACCCACAAGUUCCCAAUUUAAUUACAGAUGUUUCCAGCCUUUCAAUAUUAGUUCUGUAAGAAGAGAAUUUUGGAGUUGAAUGUCACUGGGCAUGUGAGAGGCACUGUCUGUAUAAAGUAACAUUAAGAAAUCAAGUUAGGUAUACAAUACUAUUCUGAGGCCUCUAAUAUACAGAGUACAGCAAAAGUAGGUUUCUAAUUGUUCAUAUAGAAAAUAAUGUAAUGAUAAAUAAUAAUACAAGAAUAAACUCUGUGUUUCAUGUACUCACAACUGUAAACUUACUUUUGCCCCACCUUUUAUGGCUUUUAUUCUUUACCAGAUAAUACUUUCCAGUACCUGUCAGUUAUUGGAAGAGUGGAUUUUAAAAGUAUGUUAAAUGUGUGUGAACACAAACCUUUUUUUACUCUGGCCCGCCCCUCAUGCAGUCUCCUGUAAUAUAUUUGGAUGGGAAUGCAUUGCAGGCGUGGAACGGGUAAACGCACCUUUCAUUAUCCAGCCUGCAUGGGCGUGUUAUUUCAGGGACCGAGGGCUGAAUUCUGACCCCAGGCUCUGAGCUGAUUGUAGUUUGGUGCCUUUUUUCCCCAAAGAAAGAUUCAGUCAAGAUUGGCGCUAAAUUUCAUGCUUCUUUCAAAGUUACUUUUUCUUUUAAAGCAUAUAUAGCACAGUAGGAAGUGUGAGAUCCAGCAGUGUUGUGCGUGUUGCCUUCUGUGUCUGCAUCAGAGGAAAACACCUUGUCUGUACGGCAGUUACUGAGUUCAGAUACCUCCUUAGAGGGUAUGUGGUUCUGGUAAACACACUGGGCUUUAAAGUGGGAAAUGUCAAAGAAAAUGAUCACCAAAUAAAAUGUAUGAUGAACAUAGCCUCCAGACACCUCUGCUCAGUGUUUCUAGCACAGUUUUAGAUGCUAAAAGCAUGCUGUAACUCUGAGGGUAUAUUUAAAAAUAUGUAUAUUUUACUGUAUAGUUAUAUAUUUACAAAAUAACUUUAAAUAGGUAUUUUAAGGUAUUUCUCAGGCUAAAAUCAGAGUUCUGGGAGUCAUCAGUCUUAAAACUUGGGUAACGAGUUACAUUUUUUAAAGAAAAUUCACACUGAAAGUAUCAUUGUUCAUCCUUCAGAUUUAACCUAAAGACUUAAAUUGAUAAGGACUCCGAGUCAGUGUCAGCAAACCCCAGACCUCUGGUUUAGCAGGGAGGUGUUGGUCCAGCAUCAUGGCCGUGGCCGUGUGGCCGUGUGGCCUUCUCGUAACCGUCCAUGCAAAUUCCCGGGCACUGCUGAGCCCCAUGGUCCUGCCUGCAGUACCUGGAGGAAGUUGGGGACCACAGGCUUUUAUUUAAUCUUGCUGUCUUUUACAGACUUUGCCUUAACUCUGUUUUGUGAGGAUUCAAUAAAUAUCAAUUAGAAAAAUGAUGGUACACACUAUCAUUUUCCUAAUCAGGAAGACCAUACGUUCAGAAUCUACUACUAGAGUUUCCUGGAUUCUCUGUUAGUCGAGAGUGCCUUUUUGCUGUUGACAUGAGUUGUAUGUGGAAGGGAGAAUGGGGGCUUCUUAAUCAGACGUUACAGUAGAGUGAAAUUAAAUAGCCCUUUAAAAACGACUUCUGACGUUGACGUAACUGUUAAUAUAUUGUGGUUUGAGAAAUAUAAGCUUGGACAAGCACAAUGCUUGAUAAAUGUGUGUUCUGUCAGUUUGUUCUCCUGCCAGUUUGUUUAUUUUGGCCUGAAAGUUAACAGCUACCGCAGUAUCAUUAAGGGAGCGCUUAGAUAUUUUAAGUAUUUCCUAGUAUAUGAUCUUUUUCAUGUCAACUUAUUUUAAUAUUUAUCUGAAAAGUAAUUCUUAAAUUAUUUUGCAUAUUUUCAAAGUUAGAAAAACAUGCUUUAUCUUGGCCAUCAGAGCCGAAUUGUCCCAGGAGCAUGCUGUACCCCUGGUGCCUGCCGCCGUGCCUCUCUGCAGGGUGCCAUGUGGGCACGAUAGUUGUUUAAAUGUAUUUCACCAUGCGAAAUGAUUAUGUUGGAUUCGAUCAGCAUGCAGUAUUUUAGUACGUGCCUUUUAAAGAUAUUUGUUUUUAAAGAGUAUAAUUUAUAAUUGAUUUUUAUGAUGUAUAAUUUAAUAAAUAACCAAAGUCUUUUGAAUGAAAAGAGCUUUGUAAUCAUUUUACCGUGGAACAAUGUGAUAU